AUGGCAGAUCAGGUGUCUUUAUUAGGUGCACCUGCAGUUGUGGACGCGGUCGCUGCCGGGUUCAACAACCCGACCAAUGUGCAAGGCUACAACCAAGGCGCGGAGUUCUACCUGAGCAACUAUCGCCUGGGCAAGACGCUAGGCAUCGGGUCUUUCGGAAAGGUGAAAGUGGCGGAGCAUGUCUUGACCGGGCACAAAGUCGCCAUAAAGAUUUUGAACAGGAGGAAGAUCCAGCAAAUGGAAAUGGAGGAGAAAGUACGGCGCGAGAUCAAGAUUUUGCGUCUUUUUAUGCAUCCGCACAUUAUUCGGCUGUACGAGGUUAUCGAGACGCCGUCCGACAUUUACGUCGUAAUGGAAUACGUGAAGACUGGCGAACUGUUCGACUACAUCGUCGAGAAGGGCCGCCUGGCGGAAGACGAGGCACGACACUUCUUUCAACAAAUUAUUUCCGGGGUCGAGUACUGCCACCGCAACAUGGUCGUACAUCGAGAUCUUAAACCCGAGAACCUGCUAUUGGAUGCCAAGAUGAACGUCAAGAUUGCCGACUUUGGCCUUUCCAACAUCAUGCGGGACGGCCACUUUCUGAAGACCAGCUGCGGCAGCCCCAACUACGCGGCACCGGAGGUGAUCAGCGGCAAGCUGUACGCGGGUCCGGAAGUGGACGUUUGGAGCUGCGGUGUCAUCCUGUAUGCGCUUCUGUGCGGCUCACUGCCCUUCGACGAUGAAAACAUUCCCAACCUGUUCAAGAAGAUCAAGGGUGGCAUCUACAACCUGCCAUCGCACCUGUCGCCUGGUGCCCGUGAUUUGAUCCCUCGCAUGCUGCUGGUCGACCCGCUGAAGCGGAUCACCAUUCCGGAGAUCCGGCAGCACCCCUGGUUCAACAUGCACCUGCCCAGAUAUCUGGCGGUCAUGCAGGUGGGGGUGAGGACGGUGGGGGUGAGGCGGUGGGGACGCAAGAUGCCCAGCAGCGGCUAUCUGUCCGCCGACAUGGCGGAGGGCAGUACGGGGGCGGCCAUGGCGGCGGCGGGAAUACACAUGCCGCAAGGCGGCACCUUCGGCGGCCCAACGGCAGCAGUCGGAGGAGGCAGUGCAGCCGCAGCCGCUGCAGGUGGCGGCGGGGGCGGCGGCGGGGCCGGCGGCGGUGCCCCCCAGCAGCGGCUAGUGGCUGAGCGGCGGUGGCGGCUGGGGGUUCAUGCCCGGGGCCACCCCUCGGCCCUGAUGGCGGAGCUGUACCGGGUGCUGCAGCUGAACCAGGUGGCCUGGAAGAAGGUGGCGCCGUACGCGCUCAAAUGUCGUGCACUGGUGCGCAAGCCCCCCGCCUGUCAAUCGACCCAUGGGUCAUCGGGGGGUGCGGCGGGUGUGGGGCGCAUGAGUGAGGACCUGGACGACCACAUCGAGCUGGAUGGUGAGGAGGAGGACAGAAGGGGGGGGGUAGCGGGGGGGGGGGGGGAGUCGGAUAACUUUUUCGUCCUGCGCUUCGAGUGCCAGAUGUACAAAGUACGGGAUGACGAGUACGUCAUUGACAUUCAGCGCAUGGGCGGGGAGCUGUUCCUCUUUAUGGAUGUGUGUGGCCGAAUACUUUGCGAUUUGCGAAUGUAG